AUGGUGAAAUCUUGGCGUUCGAAUUCAAAAUUCUCAUACUCUCUGGCUCUGGCAUUGUGUUUGUGUUGCUUCUGUGAUACAAGGGUGGGUGCCUCAAUCCAUGAAUACGAGGAUGGUGUUUUUGUUCGUCGUUCCAAUUCUUACUUCUUUCAUGGCGGAAGUGAAGGCCUUUAUGCAUCCAGAAAUCAUGAUCAUAUCCAAGAAGGCAAGCCCGUCAAGGGAAAAUCAUUCAUCAGGUUUGAGUCAGUAAUUUUCAAAAGACCAAAGGAGUCGGCAGAAAGGAAGAACGAAAUGCAACAAAAAACAGGAUUGUUGGAAGCACUAAUAGUUCAGGUCAAAGACAGGGACAAGAUUGGUGGAUCUUAUCUGAACUCCACAGCUAUAUGUUGCACUCCAGAACUCGCCAACAACGGUUCUUGCAAAGUAGGAGAAGUAAUCAUUCACGACGAUCCAGCAAAUAGUUCCCAAGACGGGCCAAAGAGACUUCAAACGUUCUUCGAAGGGAAAAAUGAAGUCGCUGAGAUGGUUCUCCAGACGGUGGAGAUAACCCGCGAUGGAAUGUACUAUCUCUACUUCAUGUUCUGCGAUCCAGAGCUACUUGGAACGACGAUAAGCGGAAGGACAGUUUGGAGGAACCCGGAUGGCUAUCUCCCUGGAAAGAUGGGUCCUUUGAUGCCGUUCUCCGGUUUCAUGUCUCUAGCCUACCUCGGACUCGGGCUCGUCUGGUUUCUCUGGUUCACACGAUACUGGAAAGAUGUCAUUCAACUGCACUUUCACAUUACGGCCGUUAUUGGUUUGGGUAUGUGCGAGAUGGCUUUGUGGUACUUUGAGUAUGCAAACUUCAACUCAAAUGGGAGUCGACCUGCUCUCAUAACUUUUUGGGCAGUGACUUUCAGUGUUGUUAAGAAAACCGUUUCUCGUCUUCUUCUACUGGUGGUGUCGAUGGGUUAUGGUGUUGUGAAGCCAACACUUGGUGCUUUGACGUUGAAGGUGCGUCUCCUCGGUGUGGGCUAUCUUAUGGCAUCUGAAGCACUUGGGUUGUUUGAGAAUCUGAGGAAUAUCAACGACUUCUAUGGAAAAGCCAGACUUGUUCUUGUGUUGCCGGUUGCUGUCCUAGAUGCCUACUUCACUAUAUGGAUCUUCUCAGCAUUGUCACAAACCCUAGAGAAACUUCAGGUGAGAAGAAGUGGAGUAAAGUUUGCUUUGUACCAGAAGUUCACCAAUUUUCUUGCUGCAUCAGUGCUAGUGUCCAUUGCUUGGAUUGGUUAUGAGUUGUACUUUAAUGCCACUGAUCCAUUGGGAGAGUUGUGGAGAAGAGCAUGGAUCAUCCCAGCCUUUUGGUCCUUGCUCUCCUAUAUGCUUUUGAUUGUUGUAUGUGUUCUUUGGGCACCUUCCCCCAAUCCAACAAGAUACUCGUAUUCAGAGGAGAUGGGAGAUGAUAUCGAAGAUCAGGAGACAGUGAUUCCAUUUGUAGCUGGAGGUGGAGUUAAAUUAGGGGGCGGAGAUGUAGCAAGCACGUCAAUGUUGGAGAUCAGAAAGGAGAGGAAGCUAUCAACUGCAUUACCACCGCCACCAGCUGCAUCAGAGUACUACGUGUUUCGACUUGGUGAAGAUUUGGAGGAAAACAAAAGGGAGUAA